AUGGUGUCACAUAUUUUCCUGGGUAUCAGCAUCCAUCCAUUCUUCCAGUUAUCCGGGCCGGGUCAUGGGGUGAAGAAAGCCAAGCUCCACGGGCCUCCAGACAAAUUCAACGCCUAUGUGACUUUAAAGGUUCAGAAUGUGAAGAGCACAACCAUCACGGUCCGAGGGGACCAGCCGUGCUGGGAGCAAGACUUCAUGUUUGAGAUCAGUCAUCUGGAGUCUGGUCUGGUGGUGGAGCUGUGGAACAAAGGUUUGAUCUGGGACACAAUGAUCGGCACAGCACUGAUACCCCUCAGCUCCAUUCGACAGUCUGACGAGGAGGGACCGGGAGAAUGGACUUCUUUGGACUCUGAGGUAUUAAUGAGGGAGGACGAGAUCUGCGGUACCACCAACCCAACUCCACACCAAGUGCUGCUGGACACUCGCUUUGAGUUGCCCUUUGAUAUCCCUGAAGACGAAGCUCAGUACUGGACCAGCAAACUGAAGGGGAUUAACAUGCAGAUACAUGAUGAGUAUCCACUACACGAAGAGGUCCAAAGAAGAAGAAUGCCAUCUGUGCCUUCCCAGUGCUGCAGUUGGAGUUAUUUUGGAUGGAGUGACCAACAGACUUUUGAUGACCAUGAUAGUGCAGUGGAUGAUCGGGACAGUGACUACCGCAGCGAAACUGGAAACAGACCUCCACGGUUCCACAACACUUCCCAAACAAAUUCUUCAGUGCAUCAGUACCCCAUAGGGCGCAGGGUUCAUCAUCAAGCCCUGUCAAAGGAGUCGGUGCAAAGCUAUGAGCUAGACUAUAGAGAAAUGAGGGGACCCAGCCCACCAGACAGCAGUCACUUUGAUUCAUCAGGUAACCUCAGCCCAGUCAGCUCCCAGCUGAGCUCUGAGCCUGACGAGCGCCGACAUCUAGAGUCCUGCCACCCCAGUAAGCUUCAUCCUCCUCUCCAGAGCCAGCCGUCCAACUGGAACAAGGAAGAGGAAGAUGUUGAGAAAGAGGUGUAUGCACUACCAGAGCCCGGUUCUAAGAAAGAUUUAAAGGAUUCUUCGGGCUUCCUUCCUAAACCAACCUUGGACAACUACAAUAAUAAGAGUCAGACAAAAAUCUGUUUUUCCGAAGAUGGUCCUCCACCCUGCUCUCCAGCCAAAGUUCGCUGGCUGAAGGCAUACAACAAAGUGAGAGUGAAGCUACACGAGAGCCGAGAACAAGAUGGUGACCUCAGCAAGCACCCAUGGGCCAAGCCAGGGGGGAACACACCGUUUGGUAUUGACAGCAUGCCAGAUCUCCGCAAAAGGAGGCCCAUUCCCCUCGUUAGUGAACUGGCGAUGUCUAUGAUACAGUCCAGGAAAGCUGGCCUCGCCCACACACUGGCCACACGGACCUCCCUGAAAGAUGAAGAGCUCAAAAACCACGUAUACAAAAAGACCGUCCAGGCACUCAUCUACCCCAUCUCCUGCACCACACCACACAAUUUUGAGGUGUGGACCGCCACCACGCCCACUUACUGCUAUGAGUGUGAGGGUCUGCUGUGGGGCAUCGCCCGGCAGGGUAUGCGCUGUGCAGAGUGUGGGGUCAAGGUGCACGAGAAAUGCCAAGAGCUCCUAAACGCUGACUGCCUGCAGAGAGCAGCCGAGAAGAGCUCCAAGACUGGGGCAGAGGACCGGACGCAGCACAUCAUCAUGGCCAUGAAAGACCGGAUGAAGAUCCGCGAGAGGAACAAGCCAGAGAUCUUUGAGGAGAUCCGUAAAGUGUUCGACGUCUCCAAGAUGGUCCACACCCAGAACAUGAAGGGCAUUAAGCAGAGUGUCCUGGAUGGCACUUCCAAGUGGUCAGCCAAGAUCACCAUCAAUGUUGUCAGUGCCCAGGGUCUCCAGGCCAAGGACAGGACCGGUUCCAGUGAUCCUUAUGUGACCAUCCAAGUGGGUAAAACCAAGAAGAGAACGAAGACGAUCUACGGCAACCUGAACCCAGUCUGGGAGGAAAAGUUUAGCUUCGAGUGCCACAACUCGUCAGAUCGUAUCAAACUGCGGGUUUGGGACGAGGACGAUGACAUCAAGUCACGAGUAAAGCAGCGUCUGAAGAGGGAGUCAGACGACUUCCUGGGUCAGAGUAUCAUCGAGGUCCGAACACUCAGUGGAGAGAUGGACGUGUGGUAUAACCUGGAAAAGAGAACGGACAAGUCGGCGGUGUCGGGUGCCAUCCGUCUACAGAUCAGUGUGGAGAUCGAGGGAGAGGAGAAGGUGGCACCCUACCAUGUGCAGUACACGUGCCUUCAUGAGAAUAUGUUUCACUUUACGACGGAUGUGGAGGCAGGAGGCGUGGUGAAGAUCCCCGCUGCUCAGGGAGACGACGCAUGGAAGGUUUACUUCGAUGAAGUGCAACAGGAAAUUGUGGAUGAGUUUGCGAUGCGUUACGGCAUCGAGUCCAUCUACCAGGCCAUGAUCCAUUUCUCUUGCCUGUCCUCUAAGUACAUGCUGUCAGGGGUGCCGGCAGUGAUGAGCACCCUGCUGGCCAACAUCAAUGCCUUCUACGCCCACCCCACCGCCUCCACUAACGUCUCUGCUCCAGCCAGAUUUGCAGCCUCCAACUUCGGGAAGGACCGUUUCGUGAAGCUCCUGGAUCAGCUGCACAACUCCCUGCGUAUCGAUCUCUCCAUAUACAGAAAUAAUUUUCCAGCCAGCAGCAAGGCUCGCCUCAGUGAUCUCAAAUCGACUGUGGAUCUUCUCACCAGCAUCACGUUCUUCAGAAUGAAGGUCUUGGAACUGCAGAGUCCUCCCCGGGCAGCCAAUGUGGUUCGGGAUUGCGUCAAGGCCUGUCUGAACUCCACCUACGAGUACAUCUUUAACAACUGUCUGGAACUCUUCAACCGCCAAUUUCAACCCGCCGUCCAAGCACCUGAGCCAGACAAGAAAAAGAAGAAGAAGAAGGAAAAAGCAGAGGGAGAGGAAGCUGAAGAAGAUGAUGAAGAAGAUGAGGAGGAAGAGGAAGAAGAAGAAGAGGAAGAGGAGAAGAAGAAGGACGAGAGCCAACCGGAGGAACAGGGCCCGAGCAUCCAGAAUCUGGACUUCUGGCCUAAACUCAUCACACUCAUUGUGUCCAUCAUUGAGGAAGAUAAGAACUCGUACACACCCGUCAUUAACCAGUUUCCUCAGGAGCUCAAUGUGGGUAAAGUCAGCGCAGAGGUCAUGUGGGUGCUCUUUGCUCAAGACAUGAAGUAUGCCCUAGAGGAGCAUGAGAAGCAUAAGCUCUGUAAGACUGCAGACUACAUGAACCUGCACUUUAAGGUCAAGUGGCUGUACAACGAGUACGUUCAGGACCUGCCUGCCUUCAAAGACGCUGUUCCCGAGUACCCUGCAUGGUUUCUCCAGUUUGUCCUUGCCUGGCUCGCUGAGAACGAGGAGGUAUCCAUGGAGUUUAUGCAUGGAGCGCUGGAGAGAGACAAGAGAGAAGGGUUUCAACAGACAUCUGAGCACGCUCUGUUCUCCAGCUCGGUGGUGGACAUCUUCACUCAGCUCAACCAGAGCUUUGAGAUCAUCAAGAAACUGGACUGCCCCGACCCCACCGUGGUGGUGCAUUAUAACAGACGCUUUGCCAAGACGAUCACCAAAGUGCUGCUUCAGUACUCUGCUCUGCUUGCCAAGAGUUUUCCCUCCUACUGUGAGAAGGAGAAGAUACCGUGCGUGCUGAUGAAUAACAUCCAGCAGAUGAGGGUCCUUCUGGAGAAGAUGUUUGAGUCGAUGGGAGCAAAACAGACUGAAGCUCCCACUGCAACAAUGAAGCUGGAUACUGAGGCGGCCGACAUCCUCAACGAUCUGCAGGUGAAGCUCAGCACCGUCCUGGACAACUUCAGCACCGUGUUUGCCAAGAGCUUCCAGACUCGCAUUAAUGGCUGCAUGCGUCAGAUGGCUGAGAUUCUCUACCAGAUGAAAGGCCCCCCCAACCACAGCACCGCAGAGGCAGACGCUGACACCAUGCUGAGGCCCCUCAUGGAAUUUCUGGAUGGGAAUCUCAGUGUCUUUGCUGACAUCUGCGAGAAGACGGUGCUGAAGAGGAUCUUAAAGGAUCUAUGGAAGAUCGUCCUGAGCAGCCUGGAGAAGACCGUCGUGCUUCCUCAGAGCAACGACAGCUUGGGCGCUCAGCUCCUCACAGCAGCUAAAGGACUUUCUAAUCUCAAGGGAGGAGGUGAGGCCAAAACUCUGACGCCCAAACAGUGUAUAAUUAUUGAUGCAGGGCUGGAGUCAAUCAAGCAAUACUUCCAUGCAGGAGGAAACGGGCUGAAGAAGGCGUUCGUGGAGAAAAGUCCCGAACUGGCAUCUCUGCGUUACGCCCUCUCCCUCUACUCCCAGAGCACCGACGCUCUCAUCAAGACCUUUGUCACCACGCAGCACUCCCAGGUGCAUGAUGGGAUGGGCAUCAGAAUCACUGCCAAUGAGAAGAUUAGACCUGACAGGGGUUCAGGGGUGGAGAAGCCAAUCGGAGAGGCCGUGCUGCAGAUCGACAUGCUGCUCAGCAAAGAGCGCAAGGUCAACGUCAAAGUCAUCGCCGUGAACGACAUGAAGUGGCAGACGUCUGGGAUGUUUCGGCCUUUCGUUGACGUCUCCAUGGUCGGUCCGUUCCUGGCUGACAAGAAGCGCAAGUUCACCACAAAAUCCAAGAACAACAGCUGGACGGCGAAGUUCAACGAGGCUUUCCAGUUCGUCCUGGGUAAAGAAUCCCCCGACUGCUACGAGCUCCAGGUGACGGUGAAGGAUUACUGUUUCGGACGGGCGGACCGGGUGGUCGGCAUGGCGGUCGUUCAGCUGCGUGACGUGGCCGACCGCAAGAGCUGCGUGUGCUGGUGUCCCCUCGGGCCGCGCAUUCACACUGAUGAGACGGGCAUGACCGUGAUGCGUAUCCUGUCCCAGCGUCCUACCGACGAGGUGGCCAAGGAGUUCGUCAAGCUGAAAUCUGAAACUCGUCCCGCGGAGGAGGGCAGAUGAGCAGAAAUGGUGAAACGUGAUGGCGAUCGAGCUUCAGAAGCACGGCUUUGUCUGUUUUCUGUGAGCAACAUUCACCUUCAUCCUUAACUCACGCAGACCCUGAAGUCUUCUGACUGAUGACACCGUACACUAAAGCAGCUCCAUCACAGUUACAACUACAGAGAAAUGUAUUUUGAUUUCAAAAUGUUAAAAAAAAUAUUUUUCAUAGCACCGGUUUACAGCAACAAUCCUCUCAAGGAUUUUACAUUGUAAGGUUAAAAACGCGGGGAUUUUUUAAAGAGAAUCCCGAUGAUCCGGCCGAGCCUCCGAGCAGUUUCUUGGCAAAGAUGGAGAGAAAAAAAAAACUUCUUUUAAGAGGAAGAAACUUCUGAAAACUAGUUCUCAGGAAGGGCAGCCAUCUGCUUUGUAGGUUCAGGUGAGGAGCAGCGUAGCGUAGCAUUAAUUAUCUUUGCAUUCUUUCUUUUUUCUUUUUGUCAUUUUAUAUUUUAUUCAUCUGCAGCUAAAUCUGGAUAAAAUCAUUCUGACCUUCAAAUACCACAGAGAUACCUGACUGCACACGAACAGACCUGAACAGUAACUUCUGAUUACUUUUAACAGGAGAUUAUUAAGUUUAGAAGACAGACCACAACUCAUUCAAUUCAAUUCAGUUUUAUUUAUAUAGCACAACAAACAGUCGCCUCAAGGCGCUUUGUAUUGUAGGUAAAGACCCAAAACCCAACAGUCAAAACGAGCAAGCAUCUCAUACACUCACCUUCAGGUCAUACAUAGAUAAAUGUCUUCCUGCAUUUACAUUUUUUUCUGAUUUAUUCCCUCUUUCUUUCUCAUUGGCACCAGGGCAACCCCUGCCAAUCCUCAGUGAGGCCUGCCCCAAAAAUCUUUACUCACCAUCUGUCCAUCAUCCCCUAUAAAUAUUGUCUAAUUGUGUUUAAGGUUGUAGGCAAUUCAUCUCAAUUUAAUUCAUCUCAGUUCAGUUUAAUUUAUAGAGCACCAAAUCACAACAAAAGUGGCCUCAAGGUGCUUUAUGUUGUAAGAUAAAGAACUACAAUAAUACAGAGAGAACACAACAAUCA